CUUCACCCGUUGCGAGAAGGGGGAUUGUCCAGGUGUUGGUUCUUUUUCUUUCGGGUUUUAUUAUUAUAAUUGCUUGACCAUUUUAUACUACGCAUAUUUCCUGUUUCUUCGUUGAUGGAUUCGCGGUCUUAAUGAGUAACUUGACGUGAUUUGAGACGCGACUUUUACGCAUCGACCAUCGACGAGCUUCCACGAAGAGACUCCUUCCAUCCCCAAACCCAUCAUAAUGGCCUCGUUGCCUCCUCCCCCUCCUCCGGGAUGGGGUGCAUCGGCGCCUCCCUCUUUGCCCAUGGCUCCUCCUCCGCCGGGAUACCAACCGCCAGCCGACCCGACUGUCGCAAAGUUUGCGCAAAAGAAGAACGAAUGGCUGCGGACACAGCGCAACCGGUUCGGGGAGAAGAGAAAGGCCGGCUUCGUCGAGACCCAGAAGGCAGACAUGCCGCCAGAACAUCUGCGGAAGAUUGUUCGGGAUAUCGGCGACGUGUCGCAGAAAAAGUUCAGCAACGAGAAGCGUAGCUAUCUCGGCGCACUCAAGUUCAUGCCUCACGCGGUUUUGAAGCUUCUGGAGAACAUGCCCAUGCCUUGGGAGUCGGCUAAGGAGGUUAAGGUGUUAUACCAUGUCAAUGGGUGUCUUACGCUGGUGAACGAGACUCCAAGGGUCAUCGAGCCCGUGUUCCAUGCCCAAUGGGCCACCAUGUGGGUGUGCAUGCGGAGGGAAAAGAGUGAUCGGAGACAUUUCAAGCGAAUGCGUUUUCCACCCUUUGAUGAUGAAGAGCCGCCGCUUUCCUGGUCGGAGAACAUUGAGGACGUUGAGCCCUUGGAGCCGAUUCAGAUGGAACUCGAUGAGAACGAAGAUGCCGCCGUCUACGAGUGGCUCUACGACCACAGACCUCUCCUCGAUACCCCCCAUGUAAACGGCCCGAGUUAUAAAGAGUGGAACUUGACUCUCCCGCAGAUGGCUACCCUUCACCGGUUAAGCCAUCAAAUACUUAGCGAUGUCGUGGAUAAGAACUACUUCCACAUGUUCGACCUUAACAGUUUCUUCACCGCCAAGGCGCUCAACGUUGCCAUCCCUGGUGGCCCUCGGUUCGAGCCGUUGUACAAGGACAUCGACCCCAAUGACGAAGACUUCAGUGAAUUUAACGCCAUUGAUCGCAUCAUCUUCCGCGCCCCCAUCCGUACCGAAUACCGCGUCGAUUACCCUUUUUUGUAUAAUACCCUUCCGCGAAGUGUCAAGGUUUCUUGGUACUCCCAUCCCCAGGUAGUCUACGCGCGAACCGAUGACCCCAACCUCCCAGCAUUCUACUUCGACCCCGUCAUCAACCCCAUUUCCUCACGCUCCGUUGCACCAAAGAAUAUUACCGUCAGCCACGAAGAUGAGAUUUUCGGCAAUGAUAACGAAGAUGAUUUCGAACUUCCGGAAGAGGUUGAGCCCUUCUUCGGUGAUGAAGAACUCUACACCCCCGACACGGCGUCGGCUAUCGCACUUUGGUGGGCACCUCAUCCGUUCAACAAGCGUUCUGGGAAGAUGGUGCGCGCACAGGAUGUGCCGUUGGUGAAGCAGUGGUAUUUGGAGCACUGCCCCCAGGGCCAACCCGUCAAAGUCCGGGUGUCAUACCAGAAGAUGCUCAAAUCCUAUGUGCUUAAUGAACUGCACAAGAACAAGCCCAAGGCCCAGAACAAGCAGAACUUGCUUAAGACGCUUAAAUCGACCAAGUUCUUCCAGCAGACGACGAUCGACUGGGUUGAGGCAGGUCUGCAAGUCUGCCGCCAGGGUUUCAACAUGCUCAACUUGUUGAUCCACCGUAAGAACUUGACCUACCUGCACCUCGACUACAACUUUAACCUAAAGCCCGUCAAGACCCUCACCACCAAGGAGCGCAAGAAGUCUCGUUUCGGUAACGCUUUCCACCUGAUGAGAGAGAUUCUUCGCUUGACCAAGUUGAUCGUCGACGCCCAAGUUCAGUACCGGUUGGGUAACAUCGAUGCUUUCCAGCUUGCAGACGGUAUUCUUUACGCCUUCAACCACGUCGGUCAGCUGACUGGUAUGUACCGUUACAAGUACAAGCUUAUGCACCAGAUCCGUUCUUGUAAGGACUUGAAGCAUUUGAUUUACUACCGCUUCAACUCCGGCCCGGUCGGUAAGGGCCCUGGUUGCGGUUUCUGGGCACCCGCCUGGCGUGUUUGGCUGUUCUUUAUGCGUGGCAUCAUACCUCUCCUUGAGAGAUGGCUUGGAAACUUGCUUUCUCGUCAGUUUGAAGGUCGUCACAGCAAGGGUGUUGCCAAGACCGUGACCAAGCAGCGUGUGGAAUCACAUUUCGACCUUGAGCUGCGAGCUUCGGUUAUGGCCGACCUGAUGGACAUGAUGCCUGAGGGUAUCAAGCAGAACAAGGUCAACACGGUCCUUCAGCACCUUUCGGAGGCAUGGAGAUGUUGGAAAAGUAACAUUCCAUGGAAGGUGCCCGGCCUGCCUGCUCCGAUCGAGAACAUUAUCCUCCGUUACGUCAAGAGCAAGGCCGACUGGUGGAUUUCUGUCGCGCAUUACAACAGAGAACGUAUUCGUCGGGGUGCCACUGUCGAUAAGACUGUCGCGAAGAAGAAUCUGGGUCGACUCACGCGUCUCUGGCUCAAAUCUGAGCAAGAAAGACAGCACAACUACUUGAAGGAUGGUCCUUACGUCUCGUCCGAAGAAGCCGUGGCGAUCUACACCACCAUGGUGCACUGGCUGGAAUCCCGCAAAUUCUCUCCGAUCCCCUUCCCCAGUGUUUCCUACAAGCACGACACCAAGAUCCUGAUUCUCGCCCUGGAAAGAUUGCGCGAGGCAUACUCUGUUAAGGGCCGACUCAACCAGAGCCAGCGUGAGGAGCUUGCCCUCAUCGAACAGGCAUACGACUCUCCCGGUACUACGCUGGCCAGAAUCAAGCGCUUCCUUCUCACCCAACGUGCGUUCAAGGAAGUCGGUAUUGACAUGAAUGACAACUACAACGACAUCAACCCAGUGUACGAUAUCGAGCCAAUCGAGAAGAUUACCGAUGCUUAUCUAGACCAAUACUUGUGGUACCAGGCCGAGCAGCGCCACCUUUUCCCUGCUUGGAUCAAGCCUUCCGAUUCCGAAGUUCCUCCUCUGCUUACCUACAAGUGGGCCCAAGGAAUCAACAACUUGUCCAACGUUUGGGAGACUUCUGAAGGCGAGACCAACGUGAUGGUCGAAACGGAGCUGUCCAAGGUCUACGAAAAGAUCGAUCUUACGUUGCUGAACCGGUUGCUCCGACUGAUCAUGGACCAUAAUUUGGCCGACUACAUCACCUCUAAGAACAACGUGCAGUUGAGCUACAAGGACAUGAACCACACCAACAGCUAUGGGUUGAUCCGUGGCUUGCAGUUCUCGGGUUUCGUGUUCCAGUACUAUGGUCUCAUGAUCGAUCUGCUGCUCCUUGGUUUGCAGAGAGCUAGCGAGAUGGCUGGUCCUCCACAGAGCCCGAACGACUUCUUGCAAUUCCGCGACAGCGCUACCGAGACUAGGCACCCGAUCCGUCUGUACACUCGUUACGUUGACAAGAUUUGGGUGUUCAUGAGAUUCUCUGCCGACGAUUCCAGGGACCUGAUCCAGCGUUUCCUGACCGAGAACCCGGACCCGAACUUUGAAAAUGUUAUUGGAUACAAGAAUAAGAAGUGCUGGCCUCGUGACUGCCGGAUGCGUCUGAUGCGGCACGAUGUCAACCUGGGUCGUGCGGCCUUCUGGGAUUUGAAGAACCGCCUCCCUAGAUCUGUCACCACUAUCGAGUGGGAUGACACGUUCGCCAGCGUGUACAGCAAAGACAACCCCAACCUUUUGUUCUCCAUGAGCGGGUUUGAAGUCCGCAUUCUGCCCAAGAACCGUAAUCAGAAUGAAGAAUUCUCGGUUAAGGACAGUGUUUGGUCGUUGGUUAACAACUCGACCAAGGAACGUACGGCCCACGCCUUCCUCCAGGUUACCGAAGAGGACAUCCAAAAGUUCAACAACCGGAUUCGCCAGAUUCUCAUGUCCUCGGGAUCGACAACUUUCACAAAGAUUGCGAACAAGUGGAACACUGCCCUGAUUGCGCUGUUCACUUACUACCGUGAAGGUGCUGUUGCCACCGUCAACCUGCUCGAUACUAUCGUCAAAUGUGAAACCAAGAUCCAAACUCGUGUCAAGAUUGGUUUGAACUCCAAGAUGCCUUCUCGUUUCCCUCCGGCUGUAUUCUACACUCCAAAGGAACUGGGAGGUCUGGGUAUGAUCUCUGGUUCUCACAUUCUCAUUCCCGCCAGUGACAAGCGGUGGUCGAAGCAAACGGAUACCGGAAUUACUCACUUCCGCGCGGGUAUGUCUCAUGAUGAAGAGACACUGAUUCCCAACAUUUUCCGGUACAUCAUCCCGUGGGAGGCUGAAUUCAUCGACUCCCAGCGGGUGUGGAUUGAAUACUCGCAGAAGCGAAUGGAGGCUCAGCAGCAGAACCGUCGUCUGACACUGGAGGACCUGGAGGACAGCUGGGACCGUGGUCUUCCUCGUAUCAACACCCUGUUCCAGAAGGAUCGCAGCACGCUCAGUUUCGACAAGGGUUUCCGUCUCCGGGCUGAGUUCAAGCAGUACCAGUUGAUGAAGAGCAACCCAUUCUGGUGGACCAGCCAGCGGCACGACGGAAAGCUUUGGAACCUUAACGCCUACCGAACAGAUGUCAUUCAGGCUCUUGGUGGUGUUGAAACCAUUUUGGAGCACACCCUUUUCAAGGCGACAGCUUUCCCAUCGUGGGAAGGUCUCUUCUGGGAACGUGCCUGUCUUGCUAAGGGAACACGGUUGCUGCGGUAUGAUGGUUCAGAAGUCAAUGUCGAAGAUGUCCGGGAGGGAGAUGAACUUCUCGGUCCUGACGGCACGCCUCGCCGUGCUUUCAACAUUGUCAACGGCCAAGACCGUCUUUACCGCAUCAAGAUCGACUCCGAGAUAGAAGACCUUGUGGUCACGCCAAAUCAUAUCUUGGUGCUUCAUCGGGAGAAUGAGACCGUGGAAAUCACCGCAGAGGAGUUCGCCGCCCUUGAGGCUGCGGAAAGGAGCCAGUACCGAGCCCCCAGGACCUUUCCUGAACAGUGGAAUCAGGCGUCCGGGGAUAUUGUUGCCCAAGCUCCUAGUUUCUUCAUUAAGGAUAUUAGUCUUGAAGCUGAGACGACAGAAUGGGCCGGUUUCCGAGUCGAUAAAGACCAACUUUACCUGCGCUACGAUUAUCUUGUCCUGCACAACAGUGGUUUCGAAGAGUCGAUGAAGUUCAAGAAGCUCACCAAUGCGCAGAGAUCCGGUUUGAACCAGAUCCCCAACCGUCGGUUCACGCUUUGGUGGUCUCCGACUAUUAACCGUGCCAAUGUGUAUGUUGGUUUCCAGGUGCAACUGGAUCUUACAGGUAUCUUCUUGCACGGAAAGAUCCCCACUCUGAAGAUUUCUUUGAUUCAGAUCUUCCGUGCUCACUUGUGGCAGAAGAUCCAUGAGUCCGUAGUUAUGGAUUUGUGUCAGGUGUUCGACCAAGAGUUGGAGCAACUGGGAAUUGAAGCCGUUCAGAAGGAGACGAUUCACCCGCGUAAAUCGUACAAGAUGAACAGUUCUUGUGCCGACAUUCUGCUUUUUGCCACCAACAAGUGGAACGUGACCAGACCGUCUAUCCUGUUCGACACCAAGGAUGUCUACGAACCCACAACGACCAACAAGUUCUGGCUGGACGUGCAGCUGCGGUACGGUGACUACGACUCGCACGACAUUGAGCGAUACGUUCGUGCCAAGUACCUGGACUACACUACGGACAGCAUGAGUAUCUAUCCUUCAGCUACUGGUCUUAUGAUCGGUGUCGAUCUGGCUUACAAUCUGUACUCUGCUUAUGGUCAAUACUUCCCUGGUCUAAAGACAUUGGUUCAGCAGGCCAUGGCCAAGGUCAUGAAGGCCAACCCUGCGUUGUAUGUGCUGAGAGAACGUAUCCGCAAGGGUCUCCAGCUGUACGCCUCGGAGAGCAACCAGGAGUUCCUGAACUCGCAGAACUACUCGGAGCUCUUCAGCCCGCAGAUCCAGCUGUUCAUUGACGAUACUAACGUCUACCGUGUUACGAUCCACAAGACGUUCGAAGGUAACUUGACCACGAAGCCCAUCAACGGUGCCAUCUUCAUCUUCAACCCUCGUACUGGACAACUCUUCUUGAAAAUCAUUCAUACCAGUGUGUGGGCGGGACAAAAGCGUCUGGGUCAGUUGGCCAAGUGGAAGACAGCAGAAGAAGUUGCAGCGCUCAUUCGGUCUCUCCCUGUUGAGGAACAGCCCAAGCAGCUGAUUGUGACUCGAAAGGGUCUUCUUGAUCCGCUUGAGGUUCACUUGCUCGACUUCCCGAACAUUUCCAUCCGUGCUUCUGAGCUCCAGCUUCCGUUCCAGGCCGCUAUGAAGGUCGAGAAGCUUGCGGACAUGAUUCUUCGGGCGACUGAGCCGCAGAUGGUUCUGUUCAACUUGUACGAUGAAUGGUUGAAGUCCAUCUCGCCAUACACGGCUUUCUCUCGGUUGAUCCUGAUUCUCCGUGCUCUCCAUGUCAACAUCGACAAGGCCAAGAUUAUCCUCCGCCCCGACAAGAGUGUUAUCACGCAGGAGCAUCACAUCUGGCCAUCGCUCUCGGACGAUGCUUGGAUUAACGUUGAGAUCCAGUUGCGUGAUCUGAUUCUGAACGAUUACGGCAAGAAGAACAACGUUAAUGUGCAGAGUUUGACGAGUAGUGAGGUUCGGGACAUCAUCCUGGGUAUGGAGAUUAGUGCGCCGUCAUUACAACGACAACAGGCCGCGGAGAUUGAGAAACAGCAGGAGGAGCAGAAGCAGCUCACGGCUGUCACGACCAAGACUCAGAACGUGCGAGGCGAAGACAUUAUUGUUACGACUACGUCUCAGUAUGAACAGCAGUCGUUUGCGUCUAAGACAGAAUGGCGUACCCGGGCUAUCGCAACAUCAAACUUGCGUUCCAGGUCGAACAACAUCUACGUCUCAUCGGACGAUAUCCAGGAGGAGGGGUACACAUAUAUUAUGCCGAAGAAUGUCCUCAAGCGUUUCAUCACAAUCGCGGAUUUGCGGGUUCAAGUUGCCGGAUACCUGUACGGUAGCUCCCCACCUGAUAACGAGCAAGUGAAGGAGGUGCGCACAAUUGUGAUGAUUCCCCAAGUUGGCAACACCCGAGACGUCCAGCUGCCGCAGCAACUGCCGCAGCAUGACUACCUGAACGGUUUGGAGCCACUGGGAGUGAUUCACACGAUCUCCGGAAACGAACCCCCGUACAUGACCGCGAUGGACGUGACGCAACAUGCACGGUUGAUGAACGAACACCCAUCAUGGGACAAGAAGACGGUGACGAUGACUGUCUCGUUCACGCCCGGCUCCGUCUCGCUGGCGGCUUGGGGUCUCACCCCCCAGGGAUACAAGUGGGGAGCGGAGAACAAGGACACGACUUCGGACCAGCCACAAGGGUUCUCCACCAGCAUGGGCGAAAAGUGUCAGUUGCUGCUUAGUGACAGGUUGCGCGGGUACUUCCUGGUUCCCGAGGAUAAUGUGUGGAACUACAGUUUCAUGGGUAGCUCGUUUGGAAGUGUCGAGAAGCGACCGAUCUACACCAAGAUCGAUACGCCGCUGCGAUUCUACGAUGACCAGCAUCGGCCGCUGCAUUUCCAGAACUUUGCAGAGUUGGAGGAUAUCUGGGUUGAUCGGAGCGAUAACUUUGCGUGAGAUUGGCUGUAUUAUGUGAUGUGAUGCGAUUAACUAUCGGGCGUUGUUUUAUUAUUUUUUUCUGUUUGUUUUCCUUUUUCAUAUACAUUGUAUUCUUUCUCAUGGCAUUUUUUGUUUUUUGGCGUCUAUUUUUCUUCUGCUUAUUCGGCUUAAUGAGUGUGUAUCGGAGGAGAGGAAAAGCAAAGCGAUCACGAGGCAUAAUUUACCGGAAGGAAUGAAAUUCAGCUUGUACAGUAAGUGUUUCGAUUGGAUUAUUUUCUAGAAAUCAGUCAAUCAUAAGCAUUCCUCGGCCUUCGCCUGUGACAACAAGUGUCGCGCAUUCCUCGCAAUCCGUAUGGACGAAGUCUGAAUAAAUGAAAUGUUUGCUUUUUUGUUUGUCUGAAUGU